GGGAGGAGACUGUGGCUGGAGGUUUCGUCCAGAGGGUCGGGUAUCAGAUUUGUGUUCGAUAGAGCCGCUCCGGUCCGAUGGAAACCACGUCAGACGGGACGGGUGAUGGAAGCCAUCAAAGACUUGCCGAGGAAGACGAAGCUGGUCUCAACCCUCCUGCUUUGGGCCUUUCCAGGGUUCCUGCGGGAGGCGCUGUCGGCGGCGAAGGACUGCCUGCACGCGGGCGACUCCUGCUCCAGCGACGAGGCCUGCAGCCCGCGGCUGCGGACGCUGCGGCAGUGCGUGGCGGGCGACGGCAGCAUGAAGCUGGGCCCCAGCGCCCGCAGCCACUGCGAGAACGCCGUCAGCGCCCUGCUCUCCAGCCCGCUGCACGGCUGCCAGUGCAAGCGGGGCAUGAAGCGCGAGAAGAACUGCCUCAGCAUCUACUGGAGCCUGCACCAGUCCGUGCUGCACGGGCUCAGUUUGGUGGAGAGCUACCCGUAUGAAGCCGUAGAGAAGGGCUUUGACUACGUUCGCCUUGCCUCCAUUGCUGCCGGAUCUGAGGUCGGCAUGACGACGGUGAACCGCUGCCUGGACGCGGCCAAGGCCUGCAACGUGGACGAGACGUGCCAGAAGCUGCGGACGGAGUACGUGUCGGCGUGCAUCACGCCCGGCGGCAAGGCCGCCGCCGCCACCGCCACGUGCAACCGGGCGCGCUGCAGCAAGGCGCUGCGCAAGUUCUUCGACCGCGUGCCGCCGGACUUCACGCACGAGCUGCUCUUCUGCCCCUGCACGGCCGCCGCCUGCGCCGAGCGCCGCCGCCAGACCAUCGUGCCCGGCUGCUCCUACGAGGACCGGGACAAGCCCAGCUGCCUGGCGCAGCUGCGCGUCUGCAAGGCCGACUACGUCUGCAGGUCCCGCUGGGCUCAGUUCCAGUACGACUGCCAGCCCUCCGCCAACUCCGCCAACGGCUGCAAGCAGGAGAACUACGGAGCCUGUCUGCUGGCCUACACCGGCAUGAUCGGAAGCACGAUCACGCCCAACUACCUGGACAACUCCACCUCCAACGUGGCCCCCUGGUGCACCUGCACUGCCAGCGGACACCAGAAGGAGCAGUGCGCCGAAUUCCUGGCCUACUUCACCGACAACAUCUGCCUGAAAAAUGCCAUCACUGCUUUCGGAAAUGGGACAGACAUGAGUCCCACCCCCAACCAAGCGGGACAGCCCACCCCAAGCGGGCCUGAGACCCAAGAGCUGAACACCGCCACUGCCGCCCCCACCGCUGCCAUGGAAACGGACACCAGCGUCCUGAACGUGCUCAUACUUACGCAGGCCACGGAGAAGGACAGGUUUUGGGGCGACUCCACCCUCCCCUCCCACGGGUUCUCUGACCAGGCAUCUGGCCACGCCCCAGGCCACGCCCACUUCGCCAGCUGGAGCUGGCUGCUGCCUGUGCUGCUUGUGCUCUGUCACCACUAGAGGGUGCUACAGCAGCCUUGGAACUGGACUCCGUGGAGCAGCAGGGGUGGGGU